GAUAUCGAUAGCUUUUAAAAGACGCGGUAGGCCAUACACCUGCUGAAUAUUGACACGCGGAAUAUAUAGAAUACUUGGAAUACCUACUUUCGGUUCUUUUAAACUUCCUAGGAACAAGGUAGAAAUAUGUUCCCAUGCUAGUCAAUGAUAUAGAUGUGAGACCAUCCUCAUUAACAUGGCGUCUAGCGAACAGGGGGACUACCUGUUGGUCGCUGCAAUAGACUUUGGAACAACGUAUUCUGGAUACGCUUUCUCAACCAGAAACGAUUUCACUAGAGAUCCAACAAAAGCAUAUUUAAAACAAUGGAUUGACCCUUCCAGUGGAAUGCUGUCCAACAAGACGUCCACGUGCGUUCUCUUUACCAAGGAAAAACAAUUUAGCAAGUUUGGCUUUGAAGCUGAAGCAAAGUACCUUGACUUAAUGAUGGACAACGAACAUAAGGAGUGGUACUUUUUCAGAAGAUUCAAAAUGUGUUUAUACGCUCUGAAGUCCAGCGAGGACGAUGUGCUCAUUGAGGAUGAAACAGGAAAAUCAAUGUCAGCUUUGACUGUCUUCUCUGCACCAAUCAGAUAUUUGAAGAAUUCCCUGCUUGAAGAGUGUCGUAAGCAGAACACAGACAUCAAAUUAGAGGAAAUAAAAUGGAUUGUCACUGUACCUGCCAUAUGGUCAGACCCAGCAAAAUCUUUCAUGAGGUCAGCGGCAGUUCAGGCUGGGAUUGAUUCAAAGAUGCUCACCAUAGCUUUGGAGCCAGAGGCAGCAGCAUUAUAUGUCAAGUAUGUACCUGUAGAAAGAAGAGUUGGUGGCAAAGAAGGAGAUGGGUUUCAAACAUUUUCUCCUGGAUCCAAGUACAUUAUUGUUGAUGCUGGAGGCGGAACAAUUGACAUUACUGCACAUGAAGUCCAGGAAGACUGUCGCGUCAAAGAACUGAUAAAAGCCACUGGUGGAAACUGGGGAGGCACGAGUGUCGACGAAAGCUACUUGAAUUUUAUCAAAUGUCUAAUUGGCGAUACUGUUACAAAGAAAAUUUUGCAAGAUCAAUCAAAUAUUUUCUUUGAUACCUGUAGAGAAUUUGAAAUAGCAAAACGCACAAUCAAACCUGACUCGGACUUGAAGUUUACUGCUAAGAUCCCAUCAGGACUUGCCGAAACAUAUGCAAAACAAAAUGCUGGAAAAGAUCUGAAAUCUAUCAAGAUUGUUUCGAUGAAAAAUAAAGAUCAGGUAGCUGUAACAUUUGUUGGUGACAAAAUGAGGCUAGUAUCAAAGGAUGCAGAAGGAUUUUUUGUCGACUCAGUGUCAAACAUACUUGUUCAUCUAUCAAAACUAUUCAGACAGAAAGCAGGAAAAGGAAUAAACACUAUCAUUCUAGUCGGUGGUUAUGCAGAGUCUCCAGUGCUUAUCAAUGCCAUUAAGUCAAAAUUCCCUCAGAUGCGUACUAUCAUACCACAGGAGGCAGCGUGGUCCGUUUUGCGUGGUGCUGUCAUUUUUGGUCACGACCCAAGUCUUAUUAAGCAAAGGUUGAGCAAAUAUACGUACGGCAUAGGUGUAUAUAGACUGUUUGACCCAUCUAAGCACGAUGAAAAAUACAGAUAUGAAGAAGAUGGAGAGGUACGAUGCCAUUCUCUUUUCAGUAAGCUCAUAGAAAUUGAUCAACUGGUGACAGUGGGUGAAUAUCAAAAGGAAAAGGGGUAUACAAUUAGAAAAGCUGGUAGUAAAGGGAAUUUUUCUCUUUAUUCCAGUACAUUAAAGAAUCCAACAUACGUUAAUGAAAACGAAUGUUCUUUCAUAGGAAACAUUCUAUCCCCAGGACAUAACUUUUUUCCAAAUGAAAAUAUCAGAAUCAAGAUGUGCUUUGGUGAAACAGAGAUAGAAUUUAAAGCACACCAACCAAAAACUCAGUUAACUACCACGUAUUAUUUGGGACAACGCUAAAGUUAAAAGGAUUUGAUAUUGAUUGCGGUGAGAGCUUUUUAAUCAAUAUUCAAAUUUGCUGUAAGGCCAUUGACCAUGGCAAAUGUUGUGUAUGACUAUUCAAAAAAAUACAAAAUUGAAUAACUUCA